GUCCCUCCUGUUGCUAGUCGCGGGUCUGCCUCAGCGGCAAAGCAAGGUGUGUGAAAAUUGAAAUAAAUGGCCGUCAUGGCUCGCGUCGAGGACAAAUACUUAGCGAGGAUAACGUCCAUUCAACAGAGCAUCCAUCAACGUUCUCAGAUAAAAGGUUCCAAACUGCACGGUUAUCUCAAGCAAAUCAGUGUCAGGGAAGCACAAGCGAAAAUGAGAAACCUUGAGCUUUUGAGAGAUGUGGAGUGCCUUCAAAUUAACAUGCAACAAUACAGUCCUAACCUUUUCUCUUUACAACAACAAAAGGCUGAAUUUUCAAAUAAAAUUUUCAGAUUUAUGGAAGAAUUGAAGACAACAGGAAACUCAAAGCUGAAAUCUGUACAAGGCGAUUGCGAGGACAGCUCCCUCUCUCACAUAGCAGAGGAUUUUACAAAUGCACCUGCGGUCAUCUCAAUGGGCCACCAAACCUCCAGAGGGGCCUACCAUGCAACUGGCAUCACAAGUGUACUCUCACACCAAGCAUUGCACUGUUCGCCCAAUCGUAGCAUGUACUCAUGCAAACGACUACCAAGUGGCCCUUUGAAGGACUUCACAGUUGUUGGAGAGGAAGCCACCGCCAACCGAGCACAUUUAUCAGAUGACAUUUCAGCUCCAGACAAUCCUGCCGAUGGCCAUAAUUUGACUGACAAACACGGAAAAAGGUUGGCGACGCUCCAGUUUGUUCAAACUGCAACGGUGCCUUUUGUAAAUGAUGAUGAACAAGAACCUGAACCUCAGGUGACCUUGAGGAGUUCCAAGAGGAAUCCAUCUCUGGGCAGCAGCAAUAACCCAAUAGGGCUCCAGAAUCCCCCUGCUGAACACAUGAACUCCACAGCGAUUGCUCUUGCGACACCCUUAAUGGAAAAUUCCGCAAGAGGUUUUAGCCGUUUAAAGCCUGAAACAGCCGCUGCAAGAAAAUUUGAAGAUAUCUCAGAUCUGACAGUUUCAACUCUAGCACUGAUGAUGCGCAGGUGUCGGAAAGCAGUUUUAGUAACUUGUCCAUUUCUCUGUCGCAAUCCGAGUCGGAGGAUGACGAGCCUGAGAGUGAAGCAGUUGCAAGGAAUACUGGACCUGAUGGAAGUUGGCGCAGUCCCAUCUCAAGCUUCAAGAGCACACCUCACUCACUCUCCCUGGAAGGACUCUUUAAGCUUAUACACUACAUUGAGGGGCGACUCCAUGGUGAUCAAACAAGAGUGUAUGGGAAUUGUUCAAUUGAUGAAAGACAAUUCAUUCGAAUUAUCAGAUUUACUCCAUGUACGCCUGACCCACGGUCCCCGGCAAUGGAUGGCUGCUCUCUAUAUAUUGGACAGCCUUUGUGACAGUGAAGCGGGCUUGAAUGAGGAGGACCUUGAAGCAUGCGGCGCAGUGGUGCUUCAUGAGCUCCAGAGGUUGUCAUUGAGCACAGAGAAGGGUGGCCUGCUACCACAGGAGCUCGUGAGUGCACACCCGUCCAGCACUGAGCAUAUAACAGUCAGCCUCCCUCCUGAUGCCGCUCGGCUGUGGGAUCGCUGGUUCAAGCACGCCCUUCUGCUCAAGGAGAGCCGUGUCCUUAGCACUGAGCGCUUGGUCGAACUGUUUGCGCCCUUGCUCGUGGAGCGUCAUGCAACAUAUCACCACCAGGCCAAAGUGCUGCUGAGGACAUUUCUUUCCCGGUCCAGUGAGGAGUGCCCCUCAGCAGAUGAGGAGAGUGACUCUACUUGUUCUUGUGGCCCUCCGUCUCUCCCACUACAUUGUGGAGAUGUGAAGCCUGCCAGGAGGAUCCAAGAGCAACAGAUCCAAGAACUACAAAGUGCAGAAGAGGAGAGCCACGACGAAAGCCCUGUGGAAAGUGUUCCUAUUAGAGAGACAAAAGCGUAUCAGUUACUUAAGCUAUCAGCCAUGCAAGAACGACUGCCGAGUUCUGAAGAGGAGGAGGAAGAAGAGGGAGAGCAGGAUGACGCCUCAGAAAUAAAUCAUGGCCCUGAAGUGGACCUUGGGAGGGCCAAAUGCUCCUCACAUCAAGACCCUUACCCUCGGAAAGACAAGAUGAACCCAAAGAUUUAUUCUGCUCUGCAGUCAAAAGAGCUCUGGGGGGAGUCAGAUGACAGCAACUCAGAGAUCGAAGCAGCCUUGCGUCCACAACCUUUCAACACAAAAGACGACGACACAGAUGACUUCUACGACUGAUGCUUGAAAAAAGCUGCGUUUAUAUAAAAGCGCCUACUCACACAGCUUGGCUAAAUAUAUGUUAUUUUACACCUUGACCUCUAUAUUAGUAGUCUGCAUUGUAAACCUAGCACUGGUGUUGUAAAAACAAAUAAUAAAG